UUUGAAGUGGUGACUGCAAAAGGCGGACACAGCUCACAUUUAACCAUGCAAGCCGAAGUUGAAUCAAAGUUGCAGCUAGCGAUGGAUGGCUAGAUGGAUGCGCAAUCUCCUUCAUUCAGAUGAAAUAAAAAGAUCAUUCGGUGUAGUUGUACUACACGCAGAGUGGUGGGCGAAAAGGAUGUCAGAAACCGAGUGCAAAGUUGCCAAAGAGCUGACACAAGCGAUGGAAAAAACAAUGCAGAGACUACAGGGGAGAUUCCAGGCCAUCGCAGAACAUUUGGAAGUACGAAUAGAUGAGAUGGGGACACGAAUCAGCUGUCUGGAGGAGAACGUGACAGAGCUCAUGACACAAGCUGGCAUGGACGAGCAACCAGUUACCAAAGAGACCGAUGUGCUUCCUCAAUAGAUUCCAUCACCCCCCCCCCCCCCCACAAAGAAGAAAACUACCGAUGCAGCCAAUUAAGUAUUAAAUAAUAUUCACUACCUCUUUACAGCACUUUAAAAACCUUUUGUAAGACAGUGUUAUUUUGGUUUGAUGGUGAUACUGCUAACUUUGACACCCCAAAAAUGCCUUAAUAUGGUUUUAUGAACAGUGAUAAAUAACACAACACUGUCACAAAACAUAUUGCAAUAGUUUCAUAGUAAUAUAAAUAUAUACUGUUUACCUGUGCAUCACACUAAAUGAAUAUUUAUAAUGUAUAUCUAGAGAAAUACUACAAAAUAAGUCUAUGCAAGUUGACACACUUUCACUACCGUGUACCAAGCUGCCAAAAUUUGCAAAUAAAUAUGCUUUAAACGUCA